UCGACAUCUACAAAGUAUAGAGUAUUUAUAAAAUCAUUUCACUUUCUGUUUAGCUAAAGUGGGAAAAUAUCUCUGCUGCCUUUUCAGCUUCUUCAAACAAACAUUUAAAUUAAUGGAAAACAGGGAGGAGGAAGCGACGCGCACGUGCGGACAUUGCCACAGGGACGUUGCCGAGCCCAACUUCGCUCUGCACGAGAGCCACUGCCGCCGGUUCCUGUGCCUGUGUCCCGACUGCGCCGAACCGGUCCCCAGGGAUCAGUUGGCCCGACACAAGGAUGAACAACACGCACAGGUAAAAUGCUCCAAGUGCCGCACGAAGAUGGAGCGGCGCCACCUGUCAGAGCAUCAGUCUGACGAAUGCCUCGAACGGCUGCAGAGCUGUCCAAUCUGCGAGCUGGAGGUCUGCUUCAGGGAGCUGGACGAGCACCUUCUGGUCUGUGGGAGUCGCACGGAGCUCUGCAGCGACUGCAGCUGCUACGUCAAACUGAGAGACCUGCAGGAUCACAGCUUCACAUGCUCGACCAGAGGGAACCGCCCAGCUGCCAGUGAUGUGCAAGACACAGAUGGAGGAACAGGGGACUUUUGCAGAGGGAUGAGCUCAUUUUCAGCUGAAGACACAGAAGAACAUGAGCUGAAGCGUUUCUCAGGAACCGUAAAGGAUUAUGAAAAAGAAAAGGUGGAAGAGAAGGAUUAUUAUUUCUCCUGGAAACGUGCGGCCGAGGCAGCAGCUUCCUCAAACUCCCACAGCCAUGGUUCUCAGGAUGACAGAGAAGAUCCAGAUCAGAUCAGCACCUGCCCUCAUUGUCUCCUGGCCUUACCUGUCAGAACGCUGCACUGGCAUGAGGUGAGAUGUCAAACUAAUGUGCUCCUUAAAGGCAGAAAGAGUUAAAGAAGAACUCCAAGUGGAUCUGCUGCCUCCAGCUUUAACCCCUCGAUGCCUGUAUUUAUUUCCAGCUAGGAAAAAAAAAUAAAAAUCACCUAGAGUGUGUUUUUGCUUACAAGUUGAUGCUAAAUUAAGUAGGGAGCAGAAGUGGUUUGAUGCAUAUUUGCAUCAGAAUGGAGCAGAGCAGGGAUACUUAAGCCCUUCCAUCGCAGAUUCUACGUCCAAACAGAGCUUUUUCAAACUGUUUUUUUUUAUUAGCUCUUAAUUCCCAACGAUUUGAAUAUAUAAAAAAAUCAAAAUACAGGGAUACAAUACAGGGUUGUGUCAGGAAGGGCAUCCGGCGUAAAAAUCUCUGCCAAACCAAAUGUGGGACACAGUGGAAGCUGAUUCGUUAUGGCGACCCCCUGGGGGGACAUGCAGAAAGGUGAACAACUACAGAAGUUUGAUUCACUCAGUAGUAAAAUAAAAAUCUGUCAAAUAAAA